AUGGCUGACCUGGCCACCGAGAGGACUCGGUCCUUCCAGGAGAGCCUUGGCACUGCCGGCGUCUGCAACCCCUCCUGCUUUUUAGCUCGCUUGCUCUUUUGGGGGAAGGCUUCCCCCCCUUGCCCCGAAGACCUCCCCAGCACGCAGGGGAGCCCCCCUGCUCACCCCGAGAUCCCCCCCUCUGCCUGCGGCUCUGCCUGCAGCCCCGACCACCUGGAGCGGACGGACGGGCACCCGGAGCCGGCAGUGGGAAGAAGACGGGGUGGCCCGUGCAUCCCGCAGGCAGUGGGAGGGACCCUCGUGCGUGGCGAGGUCCCCGUCCGGGUGCUUUCUUGCCGUGCUUGCCUCCCCAAGUGGGUGCGGGUGCCGGAGGCCGACGCCGGGGUUGCCGUGCCUGGCAGAGGACAUGCUCAAGCCGCUCCUCUCUCUGACCACCUCCUGCUUUGGGUUUACUUUCAGAUCGAUGACAUCGCGGACGGCGCCGUGAAACCCCCACCGAACAAGUACCCCAUCUUCUUCUUCGGCACCCACGAGACUGCCUUCUUGGGGCCUAAAGAUCUCUUCCCUUAUGAAAAAUAUAAAGACAAAUAUGGGAAACCAAACAAGAGAAAAGGCUUCAACGAGGGCUUGUGGGAAAUCCAGAACAACCCCCACGCCAGUUACAGUGCCCCUGCGCCCGCCAGCUCCUCUGACAGCGACGUUCCCGAGAACGACCCGAUGGGGGGAAGCGACGCGGGGGAUGACGAAGAAGACUCCGCCAUGGCCGCGGUCACCGCGGAGAAGAUGGAAAGCGACGAGGACUCGGACCGAGGCAGCGACCACAGCGGGCUCAAGCGAAAAUCGCUGGCCAUGAAGAUGCCAGUGGCAAAACGGCCUCGGAAAUCCUCCAGUGACCUGGAUCAGGGCAGCCCCUCCCUGACAGAAGAGGAGAACUCGGAAUCAUCUUCUGAGUCGGAAAAAAACAGUGACCAGGACUUCACUCCUGAGAAGAAGCCAGUGGCCAGGGCUCCCCGGAGGAUGCCAGCGGCGGGGAGGAAGAAGAAGAAAGUGGAGUCGGGCUCCGACUCAGACUCCAAAGUGGACUCGGAUUCGGAAAUGGGAAAUGCAACUGUGGACAUGACCAAGUCAGACUCCAACUCGGAUUCGGACUCGGAUGUCUCUGUGAAGAAGGCUCCGCGGGGCAGGAAGCCAGCUGAGAAACCCCCUCCCAAGCCCCGUGGCAGGAAACCGAAGCCCGAGCGUGUCCCGACCAGCUCCAGCAGUGACAGUGACAGCGACAGCGACGUGGAUCGCAUCAGCGAGUGGAAGAGGCGAGAUGAAGAACGACGGCGGGAGCUGGAGGAGAAGAGGAAGAGGGAGCAGGAGGAAGAGAUCCGUCGGCUCCGGGAGCAGGAGAAGGAGGAGAAAGAGAAGAGGAAGGAGAAAGCAGAGAAGGGUGAGGAGGUGCACUCGGACUCGGACAGCAGCGCGGAGGAUGAAGUGGCCAAAAAAGGACGGAAAGGCCGAGCCAAGGCCCCGUCCUCCUCAGACUCUGAACUGGAGCUGGAGAAAGAGGUAAAGAAGCCGGCGAAGAAGCAGCCCUCGGAGUUGUCAAGGAAACCAAAUCAGAAGGAGAAGAGGGGCCGAGCAGAGGAGAAACCACGGAACAAGCCUUUGAAAGUGGAACGAGGCCGAAAGAAAUCGGACAUGAUCCCCGAGAGGAGGAUGGAGAAGAAAAAGGAGCCCACAGUCGAAGAGAAACUUCAGAAACUUCACAGUGAGAUCAAGUUUGCCCUGAAGGUGGAUAAUCCGGACAUCAAGAGGUGUCUGAAUGCGCUGGAGGAGCUGGGCACGCUCCAGGUCACCUCUCACAUCCUCCAGAAGCACACUGAUGUGGUGGCCACGCUGAAAAAGAUCCGUCGUUACAAAGCCAACAAGGACGUGAUGGAGAAAGCUGCUGAAGUCUACACCCGGUUGAAGUCGCGUGUCCUGGGACCAAAGAUGGAGGCAAUCCAGAAAGCCAACAAAGCCGGGCCCGAGAAGGACAAGGGGGAGGUGGAGAAGGGCCAGGAGAAGCUGUCGGGAGGGGAGACGCGGAACGAGAAGGGGGAAGAGGAGACAAAUGCUGACUUAUCAGGUCCUGUGAAUGGAGAAUCCCUGUCCCAAAAAGCAGAGGGCACAGAGGAGGAGGACAAAAGCCAAGGAGCCGGAGAGCCGGAGGGACCCACCGAGGAGACCCAUAACAACAGCGUGCAGGACUAUCCCAAGGGCGAGCGAGCGGGGCCGGAGCGGGAGAGGGCUCGCGGGGAGUCGGAGGCUGUGGAUGAUGGGGAGGAGAGCUGAGGAGGAGGAGGAGGAAGCAGCAGAGGGGCUGCCAAGGGAGACCAGCCUCUGCCUCCUCCCCUGCUGGAGUCACUUCACUAAGUCACGCCGUAGCUGAUGUCCUAGGUCUUGUCCUGUGCCCCCCCCGGCCCCACGAGAGCACCCAUCGCUGGGGGGAGGGGGGGCUGUGCUGGUUGUCUGUAUUUGUCCCCUCUUUUAUUUUUUUUAUUUUGGUUUGUUGUUUUUUUUUUUGUUUUUUUUUUUUCUCUGUUCUUUUUUUGGUUUGUUUUGUUUUUUUCUCCUCCUACCUAAUUUCUCGUGAUUUCAACCGACAUGAAAUGAAUAUAAAGGGUUUUUUAAUGAAAAACA